UCCUAGGAAGCUAUUGAGCACAGGCAUAAAGAUGGCUGCAGAACCAGUAGAAGACAAUUGCAUCAGCUUUGUGGAAAUGAAAUUUAUUAACAAUACACUUUAUUUUGUAGCUGAAAAUGGCGACCUGGAAUCAGAUCACUUUGGCAAGCUUGAACCUAAGCUCUCAAUCAUACGAAAUCUGAACGACCAAGUUCUCUUCAUUAGCCAGGGAAAUCAACCUGUCUUUGAGGAUAUGCCUGAUUCUGACUGUUCAGAUAAUGCACCCCAGACCAUAUUUAUCAUAUAUAUGUAUAAGGACAGCCUCACUAGAGGUCUGGCUGUAACCAUCUCUGUGCAGUGUAAGAAAAUGUCUACUCUCUCCUGUGAGAACAAAAUUAUUUCCUUUAAGGAAAUGAAUCCUCCUGAUAACAUUGAUAAUGAAGGAAGUGACAUCAUAUUCUUUCAGAGAAGUGUUCCAGGACAUGAUGAUAAGAUACAAUUUGAGUCUUCAUUGUACAAAGGGUACUUUCUAGCUUGUAAAAAAGAGAAUGACCUUUUCAAACUCAUUUUGAAAAGACAGGAUGAUAAUAGAGAUAAAUCUGUAAUGUUCACUGUUCAAAACCAGAACUAGAAAUUAAAAU